UAUAUUUAUUUAUUUAUAGACACACCACCGGUGUUGUCUUGCACGAUCUCUCCAUCGGGUGGCGCUGUUCAGGCUCCUGCAAAUGGAGGGAUGAGUCUCAUCACAUGGUCCAUAUGCCUGGAGAAAGUGAGCGAUCAUCGCAGCCUCUGCAAACUCAAUCAGAGUAGGCGGCGUUGCGCGCUCCACAGCAGACGACCCGAGAGCCCGAGCCCGGCCGCGAUGCUCCUGCUGCCGCUGCGUGCGCUGGAGGAGAGCUGAGGAGCGCUGGAUCAUGCCGGAGAACAAGACUUGUCAGUGAGGAUGGCAGGGAUGCUGCGCGCCGCAUCAGUCUCUUUGGCUCUGUGAAACGCACGGUGCAGUGGACGAGCCCUUCGGCAGGACCUGUGUGUGUGUGUAUGUGUGUGUCUUGAGCUCAGGGGAAUGUUUUCAGAUCUCCCGAAGGUGCUGAUUCUGGGCGCCAUCGCAGCCGCCUCUGCCUUUGUGGUCACCAUCCUAAUCGUCCUGGUGUGUGUGGGGUGUCAGAGAAAAAGCAAGACCAAACAUGGCCAUGCCAAUGGAGCGAGUCAGAGAAUGGAAACGGCUGCUCUGCGGCAGUCCAAGCUGAACUCAAUGAGUAAAUCUGACACCCGCCUGCAUGACAUGCAAAGGCUGCCCUGCAAUGCCAACGGCGCUCCUAAGAGUCGUCCGGCCAGCAUGGACCUCCUCCUGCUCCAUACUCGACGCUCCAAUUCAGACCUGCGCCAAAGCUCAGGCCGCCAGCUGCCCCGUGUGCCCAACAAACCUGACAAUGAGGAACGUGAGCACACCUACUCAGAAGUUGGUCGCCGUGCAUCUCCUACAAGCCACCCGCCAGACGACGGACUCUACGAGAGCGUUGGGAUAAAAGGGGCGGGGCCUGAUAAAGCUCCCCCGCCUCCUGCCCCGACGUCAGCUGACACCGGCACUCUGCGCCUCACCCACAGCCCGACGGUCAAUGGGAACGGCAGAGGUGGAAGCAGAGGAGGUGUAAACGGCAUGAGUCAGGAUGCAGUGACGGCAGAGUACGCCUCCAUACGCAAGGUGAAAAAACUGGAGCGCGGCAGGAGGGAAGAAGUGCUGGAGGAUGGAGAAAAGGAGCAUCAGAGCGUGUCUAGCAGUGAGUCCUCCAGCAGCACCUUGCCAAGGAAAGCAAUGGAACCAUUUCACCUACCCAAUUUCCCUAAGGAGGCAGUGUUCAUGGGCAACGGCGAGCAGUACAUCUGGAAGCCCCCAGAAGAGGACGAGCUGCUGCUGCCUGCAGCUCCUCAGCUGGAGAAUGGACACAGUCUUCCCAGCGCUGCCGAGAUCUCUGACAUGUACUCUACCGUGUGUAAGACCCUGAAGAGGAAACACCAGCAGGGUCAAAGCCAGGAGGAGAACAGGCCGACAGUGCCAACCGCGUCCCAAGGGGAGGAUCAGGGGGCCACGGGAUGGCCUGCCGCUGGCGCUACGGGGGAAGAGUCGUGGGGGAGGAGUGCCACUCAGGAGGAGCACUGCUACGAACCUGUGGGUGAGAAAACAUGGCCUAGGGGGCUUGCAGUAGAGUCGGACCCAGCCUACGCCACCAUCGAUUCCCACCGGAAAAGAGAGAAGCUGGCCAGCAACACCUUAAAGGCCAAAAAGAAGGCUGCACCGAGUCCCGGCAGAGCUAUGACCUGCGAAAACUUUUACGAGACUAUUGGCGACGUGAAGCAGGGAGCAAAUGCAGCGAGCACCACCACUAUCUUUACCUUUAACGACGGCAUGGAAAUGUACGUUACUGGCCUAUAAAAAGCCAAUUGAAACACCUACAGAGGACAAACUGAAGUCCCCUUGUUUUCGACAAAGGAAAGAUACACAGCCUACAGCUGCCAAACACACACCAACCUACGUAAUCUGAUGACCAAUGUAUAUUUAUUGGAGAGCACAAUCAGUUGCAACACUCACACACACACACACACACACACACACACAGAAAACAGCAACAACCCUAAAUUGGCUGAAUCAGGCCUACAGUUGGGCAGUUUUUAAAAGGCCAGCUGAAUCCAGGGAUCUAAACUGUAUUUUUCACUAUGCUACAGCAGUCUCUACACUUCAUAAUGUGAUUUUAGAGUUUUUUAUUUUUUGUUUGCAUUUUUUAAAGUGAAAUAUCUAAACAGUUUUAAGCCAAGAUACAUUUGCUUGAGAAUUAAGUCAUUCAAAGUAAAAAUUACUUUUAUUUUGUAAUUCUCAUUGUCAGAAACAAGUUACUUUUCUGGUAACUUCACUCUAAAAACGUUGGGUUGUUGUUGAUAAACAGAACAUUGGGUUCGUUUUUUUCAAUCAAACCUAAAUUACACAUUUUACCCCAAUGGUUGUGUUUGUCCAUAUUUGACCUGAGUUCAUUGGUUCCCAUAUCAUAGAAAAAUGCUGGGUUAUUGUAACUUAAAACUGAAUAUGAAAAAAAUAUGGACAAACUCAUCCAUUAAUUAAAAUGUGAUUUAAAAACUUAACUCAGUUUGGCUUUGUCCAAAUUUGACCCAAUGUUGCGUUAUAACAAUCCAUCAUUUUUAUAGUGUUGUAUCUAAAUAUGUUAUUUGAUCUAAAAAAGUCAUCAUGAAAUCAAAUCUGACAAUUCUUACUUUAUUAUUUAUUUUUUAUAUAAGUUAUUCAUUUGUGCCAUUUUUUUUACGUUCAUACAUUAUAAAAAUGCUGUGUUGUUGUAACCCAACAUUGGGUCAAAUAUAGACGAACACAAUCACUAGUUUAAAAAAGUGUCAUUUAAAUUUAUUUGAAAAAUUAACCCAACAGAGAGCAUCAUGGUGGGUAGCAUGAUUGCCUCACGGCAAGAAGGUCGCUGGUUCGAGCUUUGGUUGGGUCAGUUGGCAUUUCUGUGUGGAGUUUGCAUGUUCUUCCCAUGUUGACGUGAGUUUCCUCCAAGAGCUCCAGUUUAUCCCACAAGUCCAAAGACAUGCGCUAUAGGUGAAUUGGGUAAGCUAUCUGGCUGUAGUGUGAAUGGGAGUG